GGGCUGCAGUCUCAUUGAUCCCGUGCAUGGAUGUCCGCUACUUGCUCCCAAGAAUCAUAUCUCACAAUCCUAUCCCUGAGACCUUGACUACUCGUCUCUGGUGAUGUUUACACGAGAGGAAAUCUACCAGCCAUUCGUCCCGCAGUGAUCAUCGAUCGUGUCACUUCACCUGGAGAGAUUCUCCAUCCAUCUAUCCAACAACAGCUAGGUAGUCCAGGCAUCAACGACAGCCCCUUUUAAGUCCCAAGGAGGAGGUAGGAGUUCCCCCAAACACUUCAGUUACCCCGUCUGUCAUGGAGUCCAUGGCAGCCGUCGAGAUGCCGGUCACCGUGCCGGCAUUCGAUGUAUCUAGCAGGCGGCCAGCCACGGCCGGCCUUGUCCUCAACAGCCCCAACCCGCCGAGCCUGCGCGACGAGCUCGUCGGCGUCGUCGGCAAGGCGUUCCGCCCACGGCGGUCCAACGGCGACGGCGGCGGUGCUCGCCGGUGUGCGUGGGCCCUGACGGCGCUGCAGGCCGUGUUCCCGGUGCUGCAGUGGGGGAAGACUUACGAUCUCAAGUCCUUCCGGAGCGACGUCAUGGCUGGCCUUACACUUGCCAGCCUUGGGAUCCCACAGAGCAUUGGAUACGCCAAUCUUGCCAAGCUGGAUCCGCAGUACGGUCUUUACACGAGCGUCGUCCCGCCGCUGAUCUACGCGGUGAUGGGGACGUCCAGGGAGAUCGCCAUCGGCCCCGUCGCCGUGGUCUCGCUGCUUCUGUCGUCCAUGGUGCAGAAGAUCGUCGACCCCGCCACCGACCCGGUGACGUACCGGACGCUGGUGUUCACCGUCACCUUCCUCGCGGGCGUCUUCCAGGUCUCCUUCGGCCUCUUCAGGCUGGGCUUCCUGGUGGACUUCCUGUCGCACGCCGCCAUCGUCGGGUUCAUGGGCGGCGCCGCCAUCGUCAUCGGCCUGCAGCAGCUCAAGGGGCUGCUCGGCCUGAGCAAGUUCACCAACAGCACCGACGUCGUCUCCGUCGCCAAGGCCGUCUUCUCUGCGCUACACGACCCCUGGCACCCGGGCAACUUCCUCAUCGGAUGCUCCUUUCUCAUAUUCAUCCUCGCCACACGCUUCAUCGGGAGGAGGUACAAGAAGCUCUUCUGGCUAUCUGCAAUUUCACCGUUGGUCUCGGUUAUCCUGUCCACGGCCUUGGUCUACGCCACAAGAGCAGACAAGCAUGGCGUGAAGAUCAUCCGCGAGGUGCACGCAGGGCUGAACCCGAGCUCAGUCAAGCAGAUACAAUUGAACGGACCCUACACCACAGAAUGCGCCAAGAUUGCCAUCAUCUGUGCGGUGAUCGCACUCACGGUAAUUGUUGUCAUACUCAAUCCAGCAGGUGUUUGCACUACAGAAAUGCAUACUGAACUGACUGGGUCAAGUUUGCAUUGCCUGCUUCAGGAAGCCAUUGCCGUCGGACGAUCUUUCGCCUCUAUAAAUGGGUAUAAGCUUGAUGGAAAUAAGGAAAUGAUAGCGAUGGGAUGCUCAAAUAUUGCUGGAUCUAUGUCCUCGUGCUAUGUCGCAACAGGUUCAUUCUCUCGAACUGCUGUCAAUUUCAGCGCCGGUGCCAGGUCGACGGUUUCCAAUAUCGUCAUGGCCGUCACGGUGCUUAUUGCCUUGGAGUUGUUCAUGAAGCUCCUAUACUACACACCCAUGGCGGUGCUAGCGUCCAUCAUUCUGUCAGCGCUUCCCGGAUUGAUCGACAUCAGAGAAGCUUGGAGCAUAUGGAAAGUAGACAAGAUGGAUUUCCUCAUAUGCCUUGGUGCAUUCGUUGGCGUGCUCUUUGGGUCCGUGGAGAUUGGCCUUGGAGUUGCACUUGCCAUCUCCUUUGCAAAGAUCAUCAUACAGUCAAUCCGGCCUCAGGUAGAGGUUCUAGGCAGGCUGCAAGGAACAAACAUAUUUUGCAGUGUCAGGCAGUACCCCGUGGCAUGCCGAACACCAGCUGUACAAGUCAUACGAAUUGAUACAUCCUUCCUAUGCUUCAUCAAUGCAACGUUUAUCAAAGAAAGGAUCAUAGAAUGGGUAAGGGCAGAAGUGGAGGCAUCCAAUGAAAAGGCCAGGGAGAGGGUGCACUCAGUUGUACUUGACAUGUCAAAUGUGGUAAACAUCGACACCUCAGGACUUGUGGGAUUGGAAGAAAUUCAUAAGGACCUGGUGUCUCUAGGCAUACAGAUCGCUAUCGCCAGUCCAGGAUGGCAAGCAAUUCAGAAGAUGAAACUUGGACACGUUGUUGACAGAAUAGGAGAAGAAUGGAUUUUCCUGACAGUGAGUGAAGCAGUGGAAGGAUGCCUAACUGAGCAUAAGGGCAGUGCCACCGAGUGUUGAGUGUAUGGUAGUAAAAAUAACACCAUGUGGUGCGGAUUUGUAUCCAGUGAACAUGGUUUACAGCUAAUCAAAUACUCACAGACAGACAGUAUUGUAACAGCGACAGUAAAGUAUGUUUGCAUGGUAAUGAAGUUAACUGAAGUGUUAUGCAGUCA